GCCGACAAACGCCGCCCCGCUUUCCGCUGCCGCCCCCCGCCCACUGGAUUAAGUACUCCCCUCACCCCGAGACAGUCAGCUUCACUCCCUCACUCACUCGGGCUCCCACUCCCAUCCCCAUCACCAACCCCUCCCACAUGGCCAUGGCGCCCCACCCACCGGUCCUCCUCCUGCUGCUCCUCGCGCCGCUCCUCCUCUGCUCGCUGCUCCCCGAUGCGGCGCGGGCGGCCGGCGCCGAGGACGCCGGCGUGACCAUCGUGCGCAAGGACGGCACGACCUGCACGCUCUGCGCCUCCUGCGGGAACCCCUGCAACCCCAACCCGGGAUACAACUACCCGUCGCCACCUCCCCCGGCUCAGGUCACCCCCGCGGCGCCGGUGUACCCGCCUCCCACUUCCUACCCAGCUCCCUCCGGUGGAGGCGGCGGUGGCGGUGGCUACUUCUACCCUCCGCCCACCGGCGGGUACGGAGGAGGAGGCGGCGGCGGCGGCGGGUCCCAGGGAGGACAAGGUGGAGGAGGAGGAGGCGGUGCGUACCCGACGCCCCCGCCGCCCAACCCGUUCCUGCCCUACUUCCCCUUCUACUACUACAGCCCGCCACCCCAGCUCAAGAGCUCGGCGCCGGCCGUCCCGUCGUCCGCCGCGGCGCCGCCGCUGCUGCUGCUCGCGCUCUCCGGGCUCCUGCUCUGGUGAGGAGGAGGACGAGGGUGAGAAUGCGAGGUAGAUCCGCCGAGCUGACGCGCUCAGUGGAUCCAUUCAGCUGGCAUCUGCGCUGCAGUAAUUUUCGAUUUUAUUUAUUUAUUCACCGCUGUAAUUUUCUCUAUUUUUUUGCUCCUCCCUCCUCUCUGCUUCUGUGAUUUAUUAUGUGCUGCCGGUAUAGAACUAUAUAGGAGACCGUACCAAGUGUAAACCAAGGGCGACCAAUAAUAAAGCACCAGUGCUGUUUUAUAUA